AUGGCAGAUUCCCCCGCCGUCUUUGCCCCGGUUGAGCCGGCAGAGCGGCCUAUACUCGAGCGCCUCGUAGCCAUACGGGACGGCCUGGUGCUUAUCAAACAGGACAAAUCUACCUAUGUCAAGUCUCAUGAUGUUAUUCCUUUCUACGAUCAGGCGAUCGAGCAGGUACAAAUACUGAACCAGCAUCGAGCAGGCCGGAAGGUGGCUCAAAACAGAGUUGACAAUGUUUUGGAUGAUUGCUUCCAAUUAAUUUCUUUAUUGUUUCUUACUGUUGGGAAGAACAACGAGGCACCGGCUGUAUAUUCCAUGGUCUCUACUGUCAAGCGGUUACUGGACCACCUCAAAGAGGCCGCAUUCUUCAGCCAGAAAGACCUUGAUUCGAUAAGUGGAACUCUCGAUGGCGUGGAAAGCAACAUACGCCGUGGCAAGGAUACAUACUCACCUCACCUGCUCACGCUUCUCGAAACCAGACUGGAGACCUGCCGCUCUCAAUUGGCAGAAUUACAACACGACCUCUCCUUGCUUUCCUCUGAGCUCGCUCCAACCCACGAAAUCCUAGUGUCUAUAUUAAGAUCUACGUCUGCAGCAAACACAAGGUCAAAAUUUUCUGCCUCUGAAGUGCUCGGUUUUAAAGACCAGCUGAAUGCAAUCAAAUCUAGGAUGGUGGAUGGCAACUUUGUUGCUGCUGAUGGAUCGAUUCCUGCUGGCCAAAAGAUAGUGAAGGACUUGCUAGAAAAGUGUUUCAGAUGGUCCGAUAUCGUUCUUGAGCGACAAGGACAAGUCAACGAAGCCUUCCUAGAUUACUAUAACCAACUCAUUGAUAUCAGAAACCAGCUUGACCGGCUGUCCAUGACCCACGCGUGGUCGCUACGUGAAUCAGACCUCUACAUGUACCAGAGGAAACUCAACAAGAUUGAUGAAUGCCGAGUGGAUGGUAACUUUUUGGAUGCAUCUGGGAAGCCAGCCGAUUUGCAUGCACAAAGAACUCUUCUUUAUCUAAUACGACGGAGCUACGCGUUAAUAUAUGGCCUUCUAGUUUCUUCUGAGCCAGUAUCAGAAGCGUUGCUACCAAUAUAUAAUCAACUACAAACACUGAGAAAGUGUUUAAUAGAAGUUAAGGAAUCAGGAGGUGUAUCGAGUGCCAGAGAGCUUUACCCAUACAGUAUGAAGCUUAAUUCAAUCGAUAAUAUGCGAGUUGACGGGAAGUUUUAUAUUGGUUCGGAUCUUCCUGAGGGCCAAGGGGGCGUUAAUGAGCUACUUGCAGAAUGUUAUGACCUUUGUUAUGACCUACGCGCGGAUGCCGAAGACUUAGCUUCGCCCCAGCCAUGA